AUGGGCUGCGAAGGCACGGAACUCUGCUGUCAGCCUGAAAUUACGCCAAUUGGUAUGUACACCAGCUGGGACUCACGCCUCGGAGUCUAUCGAGUAGACGAAAUGCAGAGAAUGCAGGCAAUUUGCGUUCGCCAACCUGGCUUAAAAGUCGACCCUUCAGAACACGAAGAGAAGCGAGUUUCCAGCUUCUCUUUCUCCUUAGCGAUUAUCUCUUCCAGUUGGGCGACAAUUUGGCCCGGAUGGGGACGCGAAUGUUUGUGUGCGUCCCAGCAACGACACAUCAGGGCCCAGCAGUCUUCGGAGAAGCAAGUCAGCCGUUCAGGCCUGAUGCCUAGGGCAGGAAAUAAGAAGGAGAGAGUGGGGGGCGAUGGGUAA